AUGGCCUUCCUCAUCCUCGUCAUUGGGGACCUGCAUAUUCCCGAUCGCGCACUCGACAUCCCAGCCAAGUUUAAAAAGCUCCUUGCCCCUGGCAAGAUCGGCCAAACCCUCUCCCUAGGCAACCUUACCGACAAACACACAUACGAGUACCUCCGGUCCAUCACACCCGACCUCAAGAUUGUCAAGGGUCGCUACGAUGUGGAAGCCACCUCUUUGCCACUCACGCAAGUCGUAACCCACGGCAGCAUCCGCAUAGGUUUCCUAGAGGGCUUCACCUUGGUCUCCACCGAACCGGAUCUGCUCCUCGCCGAAGCCAAUCGCCUGGACGUGGAUGUGUUGUGCUGGGGUGGUACACACAAGUUCGACGCAUUUGAAUACAUGGACAAGUUUUUCGUAAACCCGGGCAGUGCGACGGGCGCUUUUUUAAACACCUGGGGCGAGGCGGAGGAUCCCACGCCUAGUUUCUGUCUGAUGGAUGUUCAGGGAAUAUCACUUACGCUGUACGUAUAUCAACUACGCAAAGAUGAAAAGGGCAACGAAAACGUUGCGGUUGAGAAAGUCACCUAUACGAAACCCGUCGAAACAGCUGGAACCUCAUCAUGA